UUAUUACCUGUUAUGUGACGGGUGGACGUGAAAUGUAGUUAACAAAAAGCUUUUUACUUUAUUGACUCUUAGUAGGUGCCCUGAACGCCUCUCCAGGUCGCUAAACACGUAUUUACGGUAAAUCGGACAUGACAUCAAAGUGUGGAUAGUGGUGGUGUUUUCCGCAUUCCCCAACUGCCUGCGAGCUUCAGGGCCAAGCACACGGCGAAACGGCAUUUAUGUUCCAGCCUUUCCAGGAUCAGGGCAGGAACACAUCCGCGAGAUACACCGCUUUUCCUGGGAACGUCUUACCUGGAAGCCGAACAGUGAACCUGGGCGAGGAAGCGCUGUGUUGUUAAGGCUGCUUGCAAUACGUGUCGAUGGUCCAGCUUUGAUGUUAGAGUUUGGAGGAUCAUGAACCCCUUGAAGCUCCAUAUUAAAUAGUUGGCAGUAGGCAAACCUAUAACCAAGGUGACCAGUGUGAACCAAAGGAACAUGGCUGUCUUCAAACCUGAGAAUGUGGAAGACUUCUAUGAGAUUGGGGAAGUUCUGGGAAGUGGGCAUUUUGGCCAGGUUCGCCAGGUUCGGGAGCGGACCUCUGGGAACUUUUGGGCAGGCAAAUUCCUGAAGAUUCGGAAGGUUGCAUGCAGCCGUCUUGGCCUGGACAGGAGCAGCGUGGAGCGAGAGGUGGAGAUCCUCCAGGCUGUCCAACAUCCAAACAUUGUGGCUCUCAAAGAUGUUUUUGAAAGUCGCGCUGAAGUGGUGCUCAUUCUGGAGCUUGUCAGUGGAGGGGAGCUGUUUGACUUUAUUGCUGAGAAAGAGAACCUGUUGGAAACUGAGGCCAUUGAAUUCAUGAAGCAGAUACUGGAGGGUCUGAAAUUCAUACACUGCAAAAACAUUGCCCACUUUGACCUCAAGCCAGAAAAUAUCAUGCUGUCAGACAAAGUGUCAAAACCUCCCAACAUCAAACUCAUAGACUUUGGCCUGGCUCACUUGUUUCACCCGGGAGAGGAGUACAAGAGCACAAGUGGUACUCCACAGUACAUUGCCCCUGAGGUCAUCAGCUGCCAGCCUCUGAGUACAGCAGCAGAUAUGUGGAGCAUUGGAGUUAUUACCUACAUAUUAUUGAGUGGUUUGUCACCAUUCCAAGGCGACACUGAUGAAGAGACUCUGGGAAAUGUCAUUGGCAUGAAAUACGAGUUUAAUGAGCAUUACUUCAGCCUGACAAGCCCCAUGGCGAAAGAUUUCAUCCAGAAACUGUUGAUGAAGAAUCCAGAAGACAGAAUGACAGCUGAGGAGUGUCUGCUUCAUCCAUGGAUUAAGCCCAUCACACCUAAACAGGUUGCCAAAAGAAAUCGAUCCUCAAUUAAUAUGAAGAACUUUAAGAAGUUCAAUGCCCGAAGGAAGUGGAAGAUGUCUUACAAUAUGGUGUCGGCAUGUAAUCGGCUCGUAAAUUUGAGACUGCCACGUAAAGACACCCUGAGUCCAGAUCCACUACAGCGGCAAUGUGAAAGCGACGUAGAGGACACUGAGAGCAAGCCGGCCUCGCUGCUACGGCGAAGACUCAGCAGCAGUUCAUAGAGUUGAGCAGAGGAAUGCGGAGCAGUCCAAGCUGAAGCUGAGGCUCCCUGAAACCAAAUGAUUUCUGUUACCUUGUUCGAGUGUAAUGGGUGACCUAAUGUUGUUACACACUCGACAUUUCAGAAGUGCCUGGAACAGAAGCGUGUCCUCAUUUGAAGUGUGUUUCUUUACGAAAGACAUUUAAAAAAAAAUCAGUUGGAAACUUUGGGUGGGCUGUGUAAUAAUGUCUUCAAUGAUGCUUUAUCAGCUGUAAUGUAUGUGGAUGGUUACGGUUUUUGAAAUGUCUCUGAUAACAAAAUGUGGCCAGAAAAGCUUUUUUCUGUGCAGAGCAACCUCAAACUCAUGUUAUACCCGUGUCUUCCACGCCUUUUUCAAUGACGGUAAUGCUUCAUGUCAUCAGCCAAAUGGAAAUGCUCGGCCUGUUUUUAAUGUUACCAAGUGAUGUCCAACAACUAUAGACUACAACAUGACUUAUACCUGAUUUUGGACAGCUCAUGGCAGCGCUGGCAAACACAAAUACCAAUGUUUUCAUUACCUGUUUGUUUAUGUUGAAACUGCUUCGCUAGUGUUAGGAAAGCUUCCCCGUGUCUUUUCUAAAAGACUGCUUCACAUAAUUAACAAAAAUGUGAAAGUUAGAGUUUUUCCUGUUUUAGCAACUGCCUCCAUUUUUCCGGCCGUUAUAUCAGUUUUACACUCGCUCAUAAACAGCUGUUGUUUUUACAGUUUUCAAAGUAACCACUACUGUCAUUUUCAUGU